CUUUGGCAAGAGUUGGCAAUAUUGAUAACUAUACCUAAUGCAAUAGUUUCUAUACACAAUAAAUUAAUAUCUGACCCACAAAAUUUGCCUGUGGUUUCUUUUUCCAAGCUAUUUUCUUUGAGAGGAAAAGAAAGGAAACAAAAUUACAUAGAAAAAUCAAAAUAGUGUACAUAUGUGUGUAUAACAGUUGUAGGUACCUAUGUAAUGUAAGUAAUAUGUAAUAAGUUUAUUUAUGAUACUAUUUUAUUAAAGCAUCCCCUACAUUCUUACGACACGUAAAGUUUUAAGGAAAACCAGUACAUCCAAUAAAUUAUAACGAUACGAUCUACAUGAGUUUGGAUAUAGAAGAGGUUAACGAGACUCAACAAUUAAUGCAGAAUGAGGGGGAAGAAGAAGAACCAAAAGCGUGUGACUCAGCAACUUCGCCUGUCACCAGCAAUAAGAUGUCUAGUGGGGCCGCCAGUCUUACUUCGGGGAAGCCCCAAGUGCAACCUAGCUCUGGAAAUAACAGCCUGAAUGAGUCAACAAAAGUGUCUUACAUUAACGAAAGACGGCUACAUCGAGAUUUGAUGAGGUCCAAUUAUAAUAAUAGGCCUAAGCAUGUUCCAAAAGAAUCUACUGAUGUGAAGCAUAUGGAAAAGGCUUUGUUAGAGUUGUUAGAAGAUUUUCACACAGGAAAAUUAAGUGCAUUUGGCACAGGAUGCAGUAUGGCACAAAUGAUUAAUGUUCGGGACCAGCAGGAACAUUUAGCUAGACUACACUUCCGCCUUUGUUCUGAUGUUGAAAAACCUACAGAUGAUAGUUUUGAAAACUCAGGUGCAAGAGACAAGAUGGCACAAUUAGUACAAACUUUGGAACAACUGUCAGCUUCAAUAGAACAUUUGCAUUCUGAUGGAAAUAUAAAUGUUGAAAAAAAUAUUUCACAAUAAAAAAGCAUGAUUUCUUCUA